AUGAUACGCAGUGGGAUGCCGUUCAAUCCCAUGCGGCGCACGCCGCCACCGCCGCCGUAUAUCGACACCUUCAACUUGGUCCCCGGCGACUACAUCAGCAUGGUGUCGGCGGAGGGCCAUAAGUUCCUCCUGCAUCGUGACUGCGCCUGCGUGUCGCCACUCCUCCGCAAGUGCUUCGCGGACCGCAUCGACCCUGCGCUUCCAACGUUGUACAUUGACUGGGGUGACAGCGACGCGAGUGCGCCCACCAUUCACUUUCCCACAUUCCCGGCGGCGUGGCUGGAGGUGAUUAUUCAGUACCUGUAUUACAAGCACCGCUACGAGGGCGAUACGGAGGGACGGCCGCCGUUUCAUGUACCAGUCGACGCGGCGCUUGAGGUGAUGAAACUUGCGUCGACGCUUCUGUGCUGA